GAGUGAUACUAUGUACAUACUCAUCAGUUUGUAGUGUACCAUAGGCUAGGACCCCUAAAAUCAUUCUGUCAAUAUCGACUCUCGACAUUUAAUAUUUAGCGCGAGUCAUGUCUUUUCACUUCUUCCUUCACCUCCUUCACAUUCAUUUCAAUGGACCAAUUUCAAAGGUGACAUCCCCUCUACCCUGCAUGGGACCGGAACGAAAGCGAAAAAAAGUCCAUACUCGUAGCAGAGGUGGAUGUUUGACAUGCAAAGAAAGAAAGGUAAAAUGUGAUGAAGGAAAGCCAACAUGUCAAAGAUGUACGAUAGAAGGAAGAGAGUGUCAAGGAUACGUACCGAUUGGUGAUCAAAUUGGUUCGCAGUCAGCAUCCCAACAGCCAUAUCUUCCAUCUUUGACGGCUUUCGCUCCGCCCAAUCCUAUAAACGCAGUACAGCACCCGAACCACAUGCCGAUCGAUUUGAUGUCUAAUGUACAACGUCAAAUUGAUAACGAUAAACAGAUCUCAACGUUCGAUAGCUUGCUCUCAAAUAUGUGGAGUGAUGCAUUGAACGCAGAUUCUUCCAUCGACUGGAAUUGGAUGAACGUUGAUCCGAUGAGAACGUCAAGAGAAUUUGUUGAUAAUGCACACUUUCCGACAAUGACCCAUCCACAAAAUAGAUCGUUUGGUGCAGGCGAGUCUGUCCAGGUUACAGCUUCACCUUCGAAACACAAAAUUCUCGGCAAGGAGGAUAACCUUCAAAGCAGGUUGGAGGCGUUAUGCACAACACAAGCUCAAUGGAUAGGGUUAACACACUUUUUCAAUCAUGUAGCACAAUGUUUUCACAUCAUUCCGGCAGAAGCAAAUCGAUGGAGAUUGGUUUUCGGAAUGCUUUCACUGCAAAGCGAUGUCGUCUUUCGCUUAGUAGUAGCUGUCGGUCUUGCAUCCGUUUCGCAUCAUAGUGACACAAAUUAUCGAGCAGUAGAACAUGCACAUAUGACAUAUUCAUUACGUAUAUGGCACCGACUUGUACAAGAAGAAAAAGAAGAAAGGAGCCAAGGCAUUUCUGCAACAAACUCAACUUCAGAGCGUACACUGGAGAUUCUAGCUGUUGCCGUCCUUGUUGGUCAUUUCGAACAGUUUGAUUCCGGUCUCGCAAAUGAAAGUAACGAUUGCCUUCUUGCUGCGUUGGAUUUGAUCGAUGCGAUUCUACAAGCGCAAGCUUCUAGGAUGGAGUAUGGCGAUGUGGAUACGAAUGUUGGUUCAUCCUUUCGAUUUCUAACAAGAGUGUUGUUAUGGUGGGAAACUUUUUCACGAACCAUGGGACCGGCGUCCGGAUUACCUUUCGAGAAGUUGCAAAACAUUUUUGCGAAUGUUAGAAAGUGGGAGGAGGAUGUGAAUGAAUCCAUGAUUGAUUCAACACAAUGUGCGACUGGUUGGCCAUUGGAUUUAUUGGAAGUGGUUGCAAGAAUAACAAAGGUAGAGACGGAGAUCAAAUCAAUCCAAUGCAUCAACAAACAUAAGGAUUGUAGAUGGUUUUCGAAAAGGUUGCGAUUUGAUCGUAGUGCAUGUAUGGUUGAAGGAGACGCAAAGCAUGUUGAGUAUUUGCUAUCAGAAGCUCGAGCGGCUGAAUCGCAGAUUCGAAGUUGUAGACCAAAAACGAUAAUACAGGAUACUGUGGCAGCUGCAGAAUUACGAUUCAUCCUAUUUGAACUUUUACAAGCAGGUGCACUUGUCUAUUUUGCCCGGGUUGUUUCCGGUAGACUAGAAGCGGCAUCCACAGAGAUCCAAGCAAUUUUGCGAUUCUUACAUUCACCUGCAGAAGUACAAACACCAUCUGCAGAACCUUUGAAGGGUAAAGAUGGUUCCACACCGGCUGAAACGGAGCAUUUUAGUAAAAAUGGUGGUACUGCAGCUUCAUCAUCAACUCGUGAUCCAAAUACGAGACAUGGAAUUCCGGAAUGGAAUAAUCUUUGGGCCGCUGAUGGUCACGCUCUUUGGGCAUAUUUGCAAGCAACAAUUGCAGCAAGUGUUGAUCAACAAGCGAAAUGCAGAAGGAUGAUUAAAACAUUUGACGAAAUUGCAAAAUGCGGAGCGAUCCAUGUCUUUUUGGAAUUAGUAGAGGAGAUUUGGUUACGUGGUAGGCAAGAUGAUACGGGAGAAAGUAUCACAUCUUAUCGUCUAGAUGAGAUUUUCAGAAAUGUUAUCGCUCAAAGAAGGUGGAAGCAACUGUUGAUAUUUUGAGCAGGAACAUGUAUAUUAUAAGCACUUUGCAAAAUACACAGCUAUACCAUCGUGUCAGAGCGGAAUUGUGUAUGUUACAGCUU